CCAAGACAUGCCCGCCGUGCCUAGGAGCAGUCCGCGGCGCAUGGCCGUCCACACCAUCUGGCCGUUCACUGCACACUAUUCUUGAUCGCGGCGCAUGGCCGUCCACACCACCUGGCUAUUCACUGCACACUAUUCUUAAUCGCGCCUCUCUGUCCCGCCCAUCUGCAAGCCCUCACGCUUCACCCUCCGCACUGUGACGCCUGCGCACCAGCUCGACCGCGGGAGGCACCGACCGAGACCCUGCGCACAAGAUCGGACGCGCCCCUUCAGGUACCCGCGCGCAUGCAGCACAAUGUCAUGACAAUGAACGAGCGCUCCAUCUUGGACACGGUGCAGCGAUGGCGCCGCACCAAAUACUCGGCGCGUCCCUUUGCGCUCACGAUACUCGCCAUCGGUCUGAUCACGCUGCUCGCGUGGGCCAAAGAGCAGCGUGGAGCGGCACCGGCCAGCGUGCUGCUGCGCAAGAGAGACGUAACAGUUCUUGAUGAAGAGUGCCGCCUCGUCCACCAUGCGCACGACCAAUGCGCCUUCGUCCUCGCCAACUGCCCCGACGAAGAGGCCGGCGUCGUCUCCUACCUCACGCUCUACUACUGCCGCCUGCCCCACGCCAAACCAUUCGCCUUCACCAUAAUGACUCUGUGGCUCGCCCUGCUCUUCAGCACCAUUGGCAUCGCCGCCAGCGACUUCUUCUGCGUCAACCUGAACACCAUCGCGAGCAUGCUGGGCAUGAGCGAGAGUCUGGCGGGCGUGACACUGCUGGCGUUUGGCAAUGGCAGUCCAGACGUCUUCUCGACCUUUGCGGCCUUCCGUACGCAUGCUGCGAGUCUGGCCGUGGGCGAGCUCAUCGGCGCCGCCAGCUUCAUCGCUGCAGUGGUCUCAGGAUCUAUGGCCCUGAUCCGCCCCUUCAACGUCGCCCGCAAGAGCUUUGUCCGCGACGUGGGCUUCUUCAUCGUCGCGGCAGGGUUCAGCAUGGGCUUCAUCGUGGACGGCAAGCUCCACCUGUGGGAGGCUGUAUCCAUGGUGGCUUUCUACCUGUUCUACGUCGCAUUCGUUGUUGCCUGGCAUUGGUGGCUCAACCAACGCAAGGUCCGGAGACUCAAAAACAUGAACAGUCGCAGUCACUUCGUGACCCCUGGAGGCGAGGAGGAGGAGAUCCCCCAGUAUUUCGAUGAUGACGAUGCGCCUCCUUCCAAUUCUAGAACGCCGUCUCGGGGCGUCUCGAUUGACGACUUGAACGCGCUCGAACGUGCAGGCGAAAAUGACGGCAUAGAUGCAGACGAGAACGAAGAGGAGCGCGAGCGCUGGAUGGGAGAGAUGACGAACAACAUGCGCGUCAGUCGCCCGCAGCUGGGGCAACGUCGACCGACUCAGACUGCCAUUCGACCCAGUUUGGUGGGAGCGUUGGAAUUCAGGGCUGUGCUGUCCUCGCUGCAGAAGUCUAGGAACAUUCAGUCCAUGCCUAUCAGCCUGCGACGUUACUCGGACGAUCCCACCUAUACGACGGCGCAACAGCAGGACUUAAUCUCUACGACGUCUGACCCUGCGCCUCGGCCACCUUUCGAUGUUGCGUCAGCCUCGUCCGGAAAGUCGCCGAGCACAGUCAGGCCAGUACUGGAGGUGCAGCAGAACAUGAGCCGUACCAGAGCCGUCUCUACGAACGAUCUCGACAUCGUCCGCCUACAGCCCAGCACUAUACAAGGCAAUCUACCACAUAUCAGCUUCGCACCAGCUACUCCCGACUUCCGUGACAGCAUGUUCCCUCAAGCCGGUGAGGCGCCUCUCUCGCCUAGCAUCUCGCUGUCGCCACCACGAUCCCAGGGGUCAUCGCGGGCACAAAGUCCAGCACCCUCCAGAAGUCGAGGCCACCCUGACCUCCUAGCUCCUCCUGGCCUCGACUCUCAGGGUCUUUCGUACCGCUCAGGACAGUCCACCCCGAGCCCCCUUUCGUCACCAGUCAUCAAUGCUGGUGAUCGUCCUGCGCCGCCAAACUUGAAGCUGACCGUCCCCGGUGCUGCAUCGCCGCCAAUUCCAUUUCCCGCAUACACAGACUUUCCGUGGUCAGCACAUAGUUCGUCUCGGGCACCAAGUCUGCGUCUCCCCUCUCCGAGCGCAUCACCCGAGUCUGCCUUUCAUAAUGAAAGUCUCUUCGGCGUUUACGAUGUUGCUCGCACUCCAAGAUGGUGGCCGUCUUCGAUCCUGCCAGCGCCACAUGUAUUUCUGUCCACACUAUUUCCAACUCUGACCAGCUGGCGUGAUAAGAACAUCUGGGACAAGCUGUUGGGCCUUGUAGCUGCAUUACCCGUGCUUCUGCUGACAAUCACCUUGCCUGUCGUCGAGCCAGCAAGCAAUGACGAUGACCAACAACCUGGUCAAGGCCAUCCAGAUUUUGGUCUUCCACCGGCCCUGACGCCUGUCGGCGGUACCUUUGACCCUCAGUUUCGUCUCGACGGCUCUGCAUCCCUGAGUCGCGCCGGCACCGAUCCUGCGAAGCUGUCAAAAGCGUCGAACCCGAACGGCACAUCCUAUCUUUCCAACAAUACCACGGUCUCUGCGCCGCCGCUGCUCUUCGUCACCACCGAGGCAGACGUGAUGAAUUCACCUGAAGAGAUACCCGAGAACCCUCUCUCCGCCCACCCCCACCCGUCAACAGAGCCCAAGCAAUGGAACCGCUGGCUCGUCAUCAUGCAAGUCUUCACGGCUCCCUUCUUCGUCAUCCUAGUGAUCUGGGCGAACGUCGAACCCAAUAACCCACGCGCCCUCCUUCGGCAGACGAUGUACUCGCUCAUUGCCUCCCUCAUCAUGCUCGCCUUUAUCCUGCUCACGACAACACCGAACCGGCCCCCGCGCUGGCGCCAAUUGCUUUGCUUCCUCGGGUUCGCCGUGGCGAUUGCCUGGAUCAGCACGAUUGCGAACGAAGUCGUCGGCGUAUUGCGCACGCUCGGCGUUGUCCUCAACAUGUCCGAUGCCAUUUUGGGCCUCACCAUCUUCGCCGUGGGCAACUCGCUCGGCGACCUCGUCGCCGACAUCACGGUCGCGCGCCUCGGAUUCCCCGUCAUGGCCCUCAGCGCGUGUUUCGGCGGUCCAAUGCUCAACAUUCUCCUCGGCAUUGGAUUGAGUGGCACGUACAUGAUUCUCACCAAGGGAGAACACAAGCACGAGAAGCACCCCGACGAACCGCUGCAUUUCAAGCCUUAUCACAUCGCAGUGUCUACGACGCUGGUCAUCAGUGGCGCCAGUCUACUGGUCACGCUCGCGGGCUUGCUUGUUGCGGUGCCGGUGAGGAAGUGGAGGAUGGACAAGUGGAUCGGGUGGGGUCUCCUUGCGACGUGGGUAGUGAGCACCGCGAUCAACGUCCUGGUUGAAGUGCUGGGCUUCAGCAGCGACGUCAGCUGAUUGUAGGGCUAUCAUGGCCGAGGGGGCUUUUGGUGCUUUGCAUGAACCGCGGGAUGUACCUCGAGGCGUUUUGGGCUGCAUUCAUAUACCACUUUGCUUAUUGUACCUGCUCUGACUUGUGUCAGCACAUACACUCGCCCUUGAGGCCAUCGCAUAAAUCAUCAUUCACACGUUCAUAACUUCGAUACUGCAUGACGCUCUGUGUGGGUGAGGAACGCAUAUUUGAGGCGCUGCAGGUUCCAUUAAAACUCCACAACCGCCACACCCUCCGCACGCCUCACAGACCGCUCUAACAACCGUACCUCACGAAGACUCGUGAAUCAUUACCUCCGUC